CGUCAGGAUACUGUCAGCUGCUGGACAUCAACAGUCGUCGCCACGGAAUAUUUACCCUUUCUUUUGUUCCAGUCCCAGGGACAUCUUAUGUCGAGAUAUAGGAUAUUUUCCCCUACCAGGGCGACAGGGCUGCAGUAGGAACUAGUGUUCCACUUCUGCCCUUAUUUGACAGGUUUUCUAUGAAUGUCGGAAGGAACAGUGUCGUGUCGCCUGCCAUUUGCCAGCUGUCUGGGUCCGUCUGCAGAAGACUCGGACGACAUUGGAUACACCAAUAUGGCGCGUCAACCAGUUAUACUCAACGUGUACGAUAUGUACUGGAUAAACGAAUACACCUCUUCCAUUGGUCUUGGCGUUUUCCAUUCAGGGGUAGAAAUAUAUGGCACAGAAUUUGCAUAUGGCGGGCAUCCAUUUCCAUUCUCGGGUGUGUUUGAGAUCACGCCCAGAGACGCGGAAGAUCUUGGGGAUCAGUUUAAAUUCAAACAGAGUAUCCAUCUAGGUUACACCGACUUCACUGAAGACGACACGAAGCGAAUUGUUGCAGAACUAGGCAAGGAUUUCCGAGGAGAUCGAUAUCAUUUGAUGAAUAAAAAUUGUAAUCACUUCUCGUCUGCCCUUACACAGAUUCUGGUAGGACGAGAGAUCCCAACUUGGGUAAAUCGGCUGGCAUACGUUUCUUCAUGUGUUCCAUUUCUUCAACGGUGUCUCCCUAAGGAGUGGUUAACUCCUGUAGCACUCCAACAAUCUAUUGAAAGGCCUUCCCCAGACUCCCCAACAUCUCCGCACCCUCCCUCUUCCAAUUCCCCAAGUUCUGCUACCCGAGACAGGAUUCCACACACUGCAACUCCAAGGAAUCACCGCUCCACAACCCACUCUCGUAACUCUUUGUAACCUGUAAUGUGUGCUAUGUUAAUGGUGACUGUUCAUCGUUUUGCCGAUGUUUUUCUGACAGAAUGAAGUGUAUGGAAGUUAUUUGACAAAAUGUAUAAAGUGAAUGCAAGUUUAACGAGUGUUUUUAUAAGGUUAUUUUAGAUAUGUUAUGAUCUGUGUUUUCAUGCUACAUAUAGUUUUGAUAAUAAAAAAACAAAAAGUUAAAUUAACAAUUAUAUUGCAUGCCUGGCUGCAGUGCCAAUGCUGAUUGAUGGCCAUUGGUUACUGCAACAAUGGCUAUAGACUACAAUGUAAAACAAAGGACGACAUGUGACUAAGGGUCGUAGCUCUUCUCGUGAAAUCUAUAGAAACUAAUAUUAGUGCCAUAAAUUAAGCAGUUUAAGAGAAGACUCGCGAUACUUGGGCCAUCCACACACACGUUGCAGUGGGAGUAUCAUUUACACAUUGCUGUAAAGUAUUAAUCAUAAUAUUUGGGUUGGAAUUUCAGUCCAUGUUUAAAAUGCUGCUACUAAAUGAUCUUGUAUGUAGCAUAUGUGCUUUGGGGGAGGGGGGGGGAGGGAAAAGCACAAUUUCAGUCCAAAUUAUGUUAGUUAUUUUCUCAGUGAAUUCAGUAUCCAGUACAGUACCUUGUAUGUAGUCUCGUCUUCUUGUUGAUUCACAGACAUGUUGCAUCCUUGUGGGCUAUAUUAAAAAUAUACGCAUUUGUUAAACAUGAAAUAGCACUGUUACUUGUUGCAAAUGAAAUGAAUCAAUAUUUGCAUGGGGGAAAAACAAAAGAUAUACAGUAUAAUUUUAGGUACAUGAAAGUUGUUUCAUAGGUGACAUUACAGAAUCACCAUAUAGUAAAGGAUAUUUCCUGAGAUAAAACAAAAUAGUGUGGUCCCCCAGGGUUUUGGAAGUCAUUUUUUUAGCACCCAUUGCUACCGUCAAACCUGACCAUCCCUGAAAUGUGUACAUUUACAGUAUGUGUAUUAAAACGUUAUGUGCUUAUUAUUAUGAGCAUUACGCACCAAGCUUUUAAAUGCAUGGUACAUCCAGAGUUUUCUAAAAACACUUGGAGAAGAUACCCUUCCAUUAUAAGGAAGGAGAAUAUUAACAAAUGUAUGGUAGUUAACAUAAGGUUAUUUGAAUUCGUCUCUGCUCUCUUUAAUUUUUUCCUAGCUGUGUUUAGUAAUUUUGCUAUAUAUCAAAAUAUUUGAGAGCCAAAAAAUGUGUAGCUGAGCUUUAUAUAAUCAGGGGUAUUAAGAACAAAUUUGUUGCUUUAAAACUAUGCAGCUCAUGAUAUAUUGGGUUGGUGUGCCCUUUGUGUUAUCCCUCAGUGAGGGUAAUUUGUUGUGUGUCUUAAAGACAUGUAAUGAAUGUGCUUAAUUUCUUGGGGGAUGACAUUGUUAUGUUAUGAUCCCUGGAUUUCACUCUCAGGUCUCACUGCCAACAGAUGAAGAGAAAUGCAGAAGGGUUGAGUUAAGCAGCCAUACACAGAUUCACGAAUCUGGAAAUGGGCCUCGUCAUAUCUGUAGUUUGGCUCACCCGUGCAUGUGUGUGUGCAUGUGUGUGUGCGCGUGUAUGUGAUACCACAGGUUCACAUGCUCUGACAGAUAUCCUUUCUUACUCUGCACAGUACAAAUAAACAUUUAAAAAUGUGCUAAAUAUUUAGGUACUAAAAUACCUUUGGAAAACAAAAGUGACAUUCCAAUUCUAUAUUUUAAUUAUUGUUCUAGAUCCAAUAGAAUAUGCUUAGAAUUUUCUCAAUUUAUUGUGCAGUGUCCUUUGGAAGUGCUGCAGUUAGACAGUACAACACCAGCAGGAAGUUAAAGGAUAGGGAGUCUCAUAUUGUUUUGCAAUACAAUUUUUUGCCAAAACAGUGUUGAAAGUAUUUUUAACAUACUAUAAAUAGCAUUUAUUUUAAAUUUGGAUUGAUCAAACUUGUGUAAAUAUCCAAAAAGUGUCACAUUUUCUAGACUAAACUGACAGUCUGUGCAGCUUUUCUUUCUUUUUGUUUGUUUUCCUUACCAGAAGUUAGGGCAUUAUAAUGCUAAGUUUGGCAGUUUUUACCACAUGUACUCAUUUUAAUAGGACUUAAAGUCCAGCAUGCAAAAUAUUGAACAUCCUGCGAAGCCUAGCGUGGCGUAAUGAAACGUCAUUAUGGGCAUGUGACUCGCGACAAAGUGUAUAAAAUUUAUUUGACGUCCAUUACCCUUUAGUGACUGGAAGGCAGGGUGAUACAUUUACAAAUUUUUUAGCUGAAUUUAGAAAUCUUGGGUACAGACUUGGGUACAGAUUUUUGUAUGUAUGUUAAUUAAAUUAUAGUUUAAUUUUUUCUUUAUUUGCUUCUACUACAAUUAUAUAUUUUCUAUCGAGGUGAAUUACUAAUUUCCAUAUUCUAGAGCUGGAGAAUGGGACUUAUUGUGAGCUUUUAUCGCAGGUCAUGAAUUUAAAUGUCCAUGUUACCUGUACUCUUGUGCCAAGUCUGUAUACAAAGUUGUUCAUAGUAUUCUACAAUAAUCUUUGAUAAACUAAAUUCUCAAAUCCCAUCCAGAAGAAUGGAAUAUUUGCCUGAACUGCUCUUGAAAUGAUUGGCGAUGUAAAUGCAUCCGUAGGCAUUUUUAAUGCGAUACAUAGUUUUAAAAGUUUUAUACCCUUUUUGUAGCUGCCUCAACCAAAAAUUAACCAAUCAGUAUCUGCUGUCUUGGUAUGGCAUGUCUCCAAUGAUACUGUUAAUGUUUUAAGUGAACAGUCAUACAAAAUAGUGUGUGUGUGUGUGCG